AUGGAGGAGUCAAUUACACGAGUAACCGAGAAAAAUGCUGUAGUCCGAGAUUGGUCUUUGAGAACUCAAAAAGUGAAAGGGGACAGUUUGAAAGAAGGAUACACCUCUGAUCUUCCUGAGCGUGUGACUUUGAAUGCUCGUCAGAAUGAUCUCGAAGACUUGACUAGGAUUUGGAAGCAGUGGGACUCAGAUACUAGAAGCAUAUUCACUGAAAAGUAUGGGGAUAUAGCUCACUUGAUAGCAAUCGAUGUGAACGAGCAGUUGAUCCAAGCCAUGGUUCGAUUCUGGGACCCAGCCUAUCAAUGUUUCACUUUCAAUCAGGAAGAUAUGACUCCGACCAUAGAAGAGUAUGCCGCUUUGCUUCGCAUCGAUAAUGUGCAACUCAACAAGAUAUAUGUGAAGGAGCCUAAACCAAUGACCUUCAAGAAAAAGCUAAUGAAGUUGACGGGGAUGACUGAUACAUGGGCUGAAAAACAAAUAAAGAAAAAGAAUGAAGUCAGUUGUGUCCCAUGGUUUUCUCUGUGGGAGUUAGUUCAGAAUCAUCCAGAUGUGUCAAAAAGAGUGGAUUUAUUUGCCUUGGCCGUUUACGGACUGGUCGUCUUCCCGAAGGUUCUUGGGCAUAUUGAAGUUGCGGUUGUGGAUUUCUUCGAAAAGUUGUGGCAAAGAGUCAACCCGGUCCCAACCAUCUUGGCUGAGACUUUUAGAUCUCUAAAUGCUUGUAGGAGAAAAGGGGAAGGACGUUUUAUCGGAUGCGCUCAGUUACUGAAUGUUUGGAUCUUUAGCCAUUUUUGGAAGGUGGAGCGCACGCCUUUCCACAUGAUUUCAAAGACAUUCGCCGCGUUGGAAGCACACCUUGAAAAAGAUUGGCCGAAGGAUGUCACUGAAAAACAUUGGGUCUCGGUUUUUCAGAACCUCCGUGUCGAAGAUAUAACUUGGAGAGCACCUUGGAUUCGUCCCUCUGUCUUAUUAUACAAGUGUGGAAACCAAGACUGGAUGCCUUUACUAGGAUUAUGGGGAGGAGUUGGAUAUGCUCCAUUGUUGGUUCAAAGACAAUUAAACCCAUGA